CGUAAAACAUGCAGGUAACCCUCAUAUAACAGUGACGACUCAGCAUCUCAGCUUAUUUCAUCUUUUCUCUGUACUUCCCAGUGCUAUGCGGUUGUUUCCGCUCCUUUUUCCCUUUGGCUUUUUGGCCACGUUGAACAUCGUAAAUGGGAUUCACCUCGAACUGAGCGGCAAGACUGGAAUUUCUAGGUCCAAGUUUCAGAGAAGGACAAGCAUCAGUGGCCUCCAAAGCACUUUGAAAGAUGACCAGAAUAUCAACUACAUAACAAACAUCACCUUGAAUGGACAAUUGUUCGGUGUCCUGGUUGAUACCGGCAGCUCUGAUCUCUUUGUAACCUCUCAGGUUCCUGGUGCAGUUGACCAGCACUACCGGACUGAACUUGGCUAUGCCUCUGGAGAUGCUGCUGGGGAAGUCUUCUCAGCCACGAUGGAAUUCGCCGGUUACCGGAUUGAUGCCCAAUAUUUCAUAUUUGCAAACUCGACGGACGGAUUUACGCAAUCCAUCAAUGGUCUUAUCGGCCUUGGGCCAUACACGAGCUCUGUGAUUAGAUUCAUCGCUGGGACAGCGGCCGCAGACCCUCCUCUCGACCGAAUCUUCCGCUCUAACCACACCAUACCGAACUUUGUCGCUAUUCUUCUCGACCGCUCUCAUGACCCCGACGAACCUUAUCCAGGCGACCUCGCCAUCGGAGAAGUGUUGACUAAGUAUGAGGAUAUUCAGACCCAGCCUCGACACCCAGUUGCGUCGGUCAUGGUCCCCGGGAAUCAGCAUUGGAUGUCAUUACUUGACGAGAAUGGGAUCAUCGGUCCAGAUGGCAAACCUAUUACCAUUAAGACCCAAGUGACAAAUACAUCCUAUCCUAAUAACGCAACUGUUGUCUUUGAUACAGGUUUCACGUUCCCACAAGUUCCUUCGUACGUUGCCGAGGCGCUUUACGGUAACGUUCCCGGUGCUGCCUUAACGAGCAUCGCGGGCAUAGGAGAAAUCUGGACACUGCCCUGUGAUCAAGAACUUAAUGCCACCUUUCUGUUUGCUGGAAUCGAAUUCCCUAUCCACCCGCUUGAUCUCAACUUUGAUCGAGGCAACAACCAGUGCGUUGGAGCUUUCCAACCAUUCUCAUACGAUGAUACGGAGGAUGGCAAGGUGAUGUACGAUAUGGUCCUCGGCAUGGCCUUUUUGCGCAAUGCAUACCUCCUGAUCGAUUUCGGCUCCUUUGUCGAUGGGGCACAUUCUGGCACCAAUGCCCCGUACAUACAACUGCUGCCAAUCACUAAUGCUAGUGAUGCCUCUGUGGAUUUUAUCCGAGUACGCUUGAACAACGACACAAAUGUUGAUGAACUCACGUCAGUGGACUCACAUUCUUCCACGACCACGACCGCCACUACGACUACGACAUCAAACUCCAAGCUGCCGCUAUGGGCGAUUGGUGUUAUUUUUGGCGUUGUUAUUUCGGUUUGCCUUUUGGCCAUUUGCGUAUACUAUUGCUGCCGUCGCAGCCGCUCGCAGCGCGUUUCUUCUACACAAGCCGCAUGGGUUCCUUACGCACCGCAGAGCUACCGUCCGCUCUACGACCCCACGCCGCAAGGAGCGUAUGAUAUGCAUUUGGCGCCUAAUGCGAACCCAGCUCACGCUCCUGAAUACAGAAGUGCUUGGGAUGCACACUACUGAUUGUACGUGGCUCGGGCGGGCGGGCUUGGAGUCUUGUCGUAAUACCUAGUUUUCCUGUGAUACCAUUUUGGGACUACUUACCGCUGCGCGGCAUACUUGAUCAAUUGAACAAUUAGCUAGUAAUAAGUCACUUAUUUUUAUGAAUUGAUAUCCAUCUAUUGCAUGCCUCUCAUAAUAGCGGGUGUAACUUAC